AUGCGCACCACCAUUAAAUAGCAAUCUUCGUCGUUGCCUCCUACGUAGCAGACCGAACAGAAACUUUUGCCGCAGCAGCUGAAGGCGACGCAGUCGAUUUGUCUCCCUGACCGGAUCAAGACAACGAUCACCGGCCGUGGGAGAAGACGAGUGCGCAGGAGCUCGGAGUMGACCUAACGAUCAUGGCGCACGUUGGCAAGUACGCGGACGAGCUCAUCGCCACGGCCAAGAAAAUUGCGACCCCUGGGAGGGGUAUCCUCGCCGCUGACGAGAGCACGGGCACCAUCGGGAAGAGACUGGCCAGCAUCAACGUGGAGAAUGUGGAAUCCAACAGGAGGGCUCUGAGGGAGCUUCUCUUCACCGCUCCCGGGGCGAUGCAGUACAUCAGCGGCGUCAUUCUGUUCGAGGAGACGCUCUACCAGAAGACGGCAGACGGGAAGCCUUUCGUCGAUCUCCUCAAGGAGGCCGAUGUGGUGCCCGGCAUCAAGGUUGACACCGGCGUUGCGGCCCUGGCAGGCACGAAGGGCGAGACCACGACGCAAGGCCACGACGGAUUGGGCGCCAGGUGUGCCAAGUACUACMAGGCGGGCGCGCGGUUCGCCAAGUGGCGCGCCGUCCUGAAGAUCAGCGCAGACGGAUGCCCUACGCCUCUGGCAAUCCAGUCCAACGCUGAUGGGCUGGCCAGGUACGCGUCCAUCUGCCAGGAGAACGGGCUGGUGCCGAUCGUGGAGCCGGAGAUCCUGAUCGACGGCACGCACGACAUCGAGAARAGCGCCGCUGUGACGGAGAAGGUCCUGGCCGCGGUGUACAAGGCUCUGAGCGACCACCACGUACUGCUGGAGGGCACGCUCCUGAAGCCGAACAUGGUGACGCCGGGAUCGGACGCUGCGAAGGUGGCGCCGGAGGUCGUGGGCAAGUACACGGUGAGGACGUUGCAGAGGACGGUUCCCGCGGCCGUUCCCGGGAUCAUGUUUCUGUCGGGCGGGCAGAGCGAGGAGGAGGCGACCCUGAAUCUGAAUGCGAUGAACGCCUUGGAAGCGACGAAGCCAUGGACGCUGUCCUUCUCGUACGGGAGGGCGCUGCAGGCGAGCACGCUGAAGGCGUGGGGAGGCAAGGUGGAGAACGUUGCGGCGGCCCAGAAGGCGUUCUUUGUGCGCGCCAAGGGCAACGGGGAGGCGACGCUCGGCAAAUACAGUGGCGCUCCCGCGAUCGAGGGGGCGUCAGAGAGUCUGCACGUUAAGGACUACAAGUACUAGUUACGCGUAAGUCAGCAGUAGUUGGGUACUUUCUCGUAUAAGCAUCUCAACCGCGUACUACGUCGGCAUUAGUCAUGCGAGUUUCGCAGAAAGGGAGAGUACCUCUUCACCCUUGAAUGAGUGUGGCAUAGUAAGUGGAGCAGGAACGUGAUGCGAGUUUUGCACGAAAGGAGAGUAGAUGCAAGUCUAUUUGUGAUGUUUUUUUUCUUUUCUUGCUUGGCGCAGCAAUUUGUCGAUCGCUGCCCUUCGGCUUCAAUUGAGAGAGAUCUUUUGUCCGUUUGCAUUUUUCAAUUUGUUGGAAAAUCGAUCGAGGGGAGGUGGUUAAUAAAAUGAUGGCGUGUAUGAGAGCAGACUGGGGAGUUGGUUUGUGAAGUUCCGCUUACAUGUGCUGUUGAUUGUCUGAAGUCCUUUUCCUUUUUAAUUUUUUGACCGUAUUUUUUUGUUUUUUUUCGUUUUGACUGAAGUCCGAAGUUCUAGAUCUGUCUCGCCGGUAUUUUGAAAAGCAAGAAUGGUCGUACAAGUACCGGUCUUCCGACUCUUCUCCCGAAUGGAAUGUACGGACAUUAUAGCUGUGCAUUCGUCGCCAGUUCCAGUCUAGAUACAGCCGUAAUAACCGUUCCUUCUAUUCGGCGGGAAAGACGGGUACGUGGCGACUUUCAGGGUUUGUUCAGACUCUUUUUGUUCACACUAUUUGGACGUUUUUUUUCCCCAAGGUUCUUCCACAUUUGGAUGCGUUAUCCUGUAUUUCCCCUUUUAAUCGAAGUGUAGGUUGUUGCAGAGGUUGUAUUGGAGC